CGGGCUGGGCGGUGGCUCCCCGGUCUCCGCCGCGAUGCUGCCGCUGCUCCGCCGCGCUUGGGCGGCCGCUGUCUCCUCGUCGUGCUCGUCAGGGCCGGGCAGCCGCCGCUGCAGCCUGGGCGCCUGCUGCUCGUACCGCCUGCGAGACGCCCUGCAUCCGCUGUGGCAGAGCCCGCUGACCAUUCCCGGAGGCACCCGCCAGUCUCCCAUCAACAUCCAGUGGAGGGACAGUGUUUAUGAUCCCUUCCUGAAGCCUCUGAAGAUCAGCUACGACCCCACCACCUGUCUGCACAUCUGGAACAAUGGCUACUCCUUCCUGGUGGAGUUUGAUGAUUCUACUGAUAAAUCAAUCAUCGUUGGAGGUCCCUUGGAAAACCAGUACAGGUUAAAGCAGUUCCACUUCCACUGGGGAGCCAUCAAUGACUGGGGCUCAGAGCACACAGUUGACAGCAAAUUUUACCCAGCAGAGCUGCAUUUGGUGCACUGGAAUGCUGUGGAUUACCCGAGUUUUGAGGAUGCUGUGAUGGAAGGGAAUGGCCUGGCUGUUAUUGGAGUGUUCUUGAAGCUGGGAGCACGGCACGAGGGGCUGCAGACCCUGGUGGAUGCCCUGCCUGCAGUCAGACACAAGGACACUGUGAUUGAGUUUGAUGAGUUUGAUCCCUCGUGUCUGAUCCCUUCCUGCCCUGAUUACUGGACCUACGCUGGCUCCUUGACCACUCCCCCCCUCACUGAAUCUGUCACGUGGAUCAUUAAGAAGAAACCAAUCGAGGUGGAUGAGGAUCAGCUGGAGGCCUUUCGGACGCUGCUGUUCACGUCGGACGGGGAGGAGGAGAGGAGGAUGGUGGACAACUUCCGCCCGCUGCAGCCGCUGAUGAACCGCACGGUGCGCUCGUCCUUCCAGCCCCAGCUCAGCCCCUAGCACCUCACCAGGCUGCUCAGCAAUUCUCAUCAUCCCCUCAGAUCCAUGUCCCUUCCUUGCCUGUCAUUGGGGUUUUUUAAAGGAGUGAAUAAUAUUAACCCUUAACAGUUAAAAAUAAGGAUGGGGAGCUCGUCCUCUGCUCCUUCUCUGAAUUGUUCUGAUGAACUCGUUCUCCCACCUCCAGCUCAGCACCCCAGCCCAGGCUGCUCAGCAAUUCUCAUCAUCCCCUCAGAUCCAUGUCCCUUCCUUGCCUGUCACUGGGGGGUUUUUUAGGUUUUGCUUUUUUUAAAGAAGUGAAUAAUAUCAAUCCUUAGCAACUCCUUCUUCCCUUGGAGCCCCUUGUUCUGAGGCAGGGUCAGUAAGGAACAAUUAAGACAAUUAAAGAUAAGGACAGGGAGCUGUCCCCUGCUCCUUCUCUGAAUUGUUCUGAUGAGCUACAUGGUGUGCUCAUCCUUCUGCCCCCACCUCAGCCCAGGCUGCUCAGCAAUUCUCAUCCUUCCCCUCCUAUCCAUCCCCCUUCACUGCCACUGCUUCACUAGGGAAGCUGUGGGGUUUUCUAGUUUUGCUUUUUUUUUAAGAAGUGAAUAAUAUCAACCCUUAGCAAAUGGACUGGUUCUGAGGCAGGGGUCAGUAAGGAAUUAUUAAGACAGUGAAAAAUAAGGAUGGGGAGCUCAUUCCCUGCUCCUUCUCUGAAUUGUUCUGUGUUUCUUCAAAUGCUCUUUCAGUGCCUUGCAAGAAUUAAUAAUCCUGAGUAAAAACUGCUAAGGAGGAGGAAGUGGGAAGAAAAGAAAAAUAUCAGUGCUGAUCAGGUCCUUUUGGGGAAUUGUUUGAUGUCUGGGAAGAGAGGCUUGUCUCAGACAUUUCACCUUCUUCCUUUUUCCUUGGAUGACAAGGACAACAAUGACUUCCAGGAUCUCUUUCCAUUCUUUGGCUGCACUUUCUGUCUGUGUUGUGGGUGUGUUGUUUGUGCCCACUGUAAGACAUCAGGAGCCAGAAGAUUUUUUCUGAAACCUUUACCAACUGUAGAAGCUUUUGCCUUUGGCAGCUUUUGCUUUCCUGUGUUAACAAUCUGUCAAGAGAAGGGAGGAGAAUUCACCAGUAUCUCAAGAGUGGCUAGAGCAGCAGAUGAGGUGAAAAUGUGCAAUUGAUCCCAGAGAACUGAUCACAUCAAAGGAAAGCAGGAUGAGAUAAAGCCCAGCUGACCCUCCCAGUGGGAUUAGGUGAAAAACCCCAAAUCAAUUCCUCAGACCUGUGCUAGGAGAGUGUGGCCAAAACACAGCACUCAGAAAAGACUUUUAUUUCUUCCAAGUUUUGCCUUGAGAUGAAUUUCCUAUAAAAACACUGAGCUUCAGGAGCAGUGGGGACCAGUUUGUUUUUAUUGCACCUUAUGGGAAGGAGGUCCAGGGGGCUGGGAUUGAUUUGUGGACCAAGCUGUGGGAGCUGCCAGCUCUGAGCCUUUCCAGCUGCCCCAGGGAUCACUGACUUCUCACAUCCUACCAAACCUGCUUCUGUCUCACCUUUCUCUCUGGCCCUCCAGGCUCUGCUGCAUUUAGCAGAUUAAAUUCAUGCACCAGAUUCCUAGUGAGGAGUGAUCUCCAUGGCUUGUGUUUGAGGAAUUUUUCCUCCCUGUUUCAUUCCUGGUGGGAUUCAGUGAAGCCAUGACCUUGGUAAUGCUAAAUCCAGACCUUUCAAAUUUUUUUUUAAAGUCCAAGUAUUCAGUUCCAAAGCACCUUAACACUUCUCAGUGUGACCCUGAUGAUUUUCAGGGUUUGAGAUGAUCUUGUUGAACCAGCUGAGUGCCCAGACCCUGCCUUUCCUUCCCCUGUAGCUCUACCUCAGUUCUGGUGCCUCACUUGUGCCUUUGUCCCCCGUGGCCAUUUCACCUGCAGUGACUCUGGGUGCUAAAGGAAGGAAAUCUCCUAUCCCAGGGUGGGAUAUUUUUCCUGUCAGGAAUUCAGUGGAGCUCUUUGGUUUCCCUCCCUGCCUGGGGGAACAUUUCCAUCUUGGCUGUGCCAUCUCCCUUUGGAUGGGGCUGGGAUCAUUUUGGGACAGUGCAAGGGAUGGCACUGGAUGAGCUUCAAGGUCCUUUCCCCUCCAAAGAAUUCCAUGAUUUUCUGAUUCCAUGAUCUCAGUUGAACUCUGCAGGCUUUGCCAUCAUCACCACCCAGAUUUGUAGCUACAAAACCACAUCAGUGAUGAUUUUGCUGGAGAAUGAUACAUUCCAAAAUAAAGCUACAAUUCUGGGAACAGCAAAAUAAUUCUUUUACUUUUUGCCUGAACAUAUAAUAAUUAUGAUCCACUCAUUAAGUUUGAGAUGUUCAUUCAGUGCUGUUCUUGCAGACACUUUUUUGAGGAGAAAAAUGGCAGCAGCUCAGAUAUUUUCUACUCAUUAAUAGAAAAAAUUGUAAUACAAAGACAUCUUAAUGUUGCCUUUUAUUUAAAACCAGCUCUGCCUCAGCACCACUGGGCUGUGCAUCCAUCUCUCUAUCAUUUAUGAGUGGAUCUUUUAAAAAUCUUUUGUAAUUGCUCAGUUUUAAAUUGCUUUUCCAAUUUCCACUGAGUUUUUGGAUUUCUCUGAUCCACUGAGAAGAACCACCAGUUGAUCCAGCUUUCCCAACAAACCCAAAAUCCAGAUUAUUUCAGGGUGUGUUUAAUUCCAGCUUCUCUGGAACUGCCACCCAGAGUUCUCCAUGCUCUGCUCCACUCAAUCAGAUUUUCCUGUAAAUGUAAUUCCCUUUUGAACCAUCCAGCAGAGGGAAUGAGGAGUGUUUCCCUUCCCAGUGACCCAGCUGAAGUUCUCAGAGGGAUUUAUUUCAAGUUCUCCCAGAGAUUUCCUUUGUUCAGGUAUUGCCAUGGAAGCUUUGUUAGGGGAUAGUGAAUUACCCAGGGACACAGUGAAGCUGUCUCCAUAUUAACAUCAAAUCACACCUAUUCUUACUCACAUAAAAUGACAAAAAUUCCAAUUUCAGCACUAAUCACUUCAAAUAUCUGGAAACAGGGUAAAUGUAGUUAAAAAAUAAGUCUACUAUGCUAUAAAAAGAAGUUUUACAGGGGUUUUGUUACAUUUAUUUUGCAUUUCUGUGUAGUGUUUUAGCAUCUCCUUAAGGCAGGCAGGGCAGAUUGUUGGAAUGAAUCUGCAAAUGAACACACUGGUUUGAUAUUUUUUUGUUUGUUUGUUUUUUGUUUUCAGUUUUAACUUUUCUGUUACAAUGAUUUUAUCGACCUUGUGAAUGUAAACUUCAGGAAAAUAAUUAUGUUUUAAACAAGAUAUGGGAUAGAAUUCCUGUGCCUUAUUCCCUCAGUUCUGUGUGGAAAAAUGUUUUGAUUGUUGGGUUAGAGCUGAUUUUUUGUGAUGAUUUUGCACAAUUGAGUUAAAAAGGAAUCUUUGGGCUCUUUUGAGUGGCACAAUACAAAAGGGCCAAGCACAUAUUUGUAUUUUCCUUGCUUGAGAGUCACUUUAUUACUAAAUACUGCCCUGGGAGGCAUUUCUGGGGCGGCAAUGCCAGGAGUUAAAAACUGUCCCAGGAAUAAUUCUGGGAAGGGAGGAGCAGGUUUGGAGCAGACCUGACUCCAGCUGCCUUUCAGGAUUUCUCUGUAAUUCUCUCUCACCUGGCCCUGGGUGAUUUCCCAGCUCCCUCUGCUCCUGGGAUGUUUGAUCCCUGUUCCUGCAUUCCAGAACUUUCUCUGCUCCUGGGAUGUUUGAUCCCUGUUCCUGCAUUCCAGAACUUUCUCUCUUCAGCUGUUCCUCACCACUUCUGUGCUGCCUUUUCUGGCAGGAGCAUCAGGAGGCUCUCCCUGGUUUUGGAAGCUCCAGGAUUGGAGUUUGCUUUGAUCUCCACAGGGUUUUAGAGGACUGGAAUUCUGCUUUGGGUGAAGGAUCCCCUCAUGCCUUCAUUUGGGAUGUUUUAGUUGUAUUUCCUGGCAAAUCUUAGCUUUUUUUUUCUCUUUGUGCAUCUCAUUUUUGUGGCCUUUGUGCCAUUGUGUGUUUAAUGUGUGUUACCUGACUGAAAUCACUGUCUGUAGACAACACCUGGAACAGGGAAUGCUUUGUUUUCCUGGGGUACAGGCCCUUCCCCAAAGCUUUUCCCUGAUGUUUAGAACCCUUCAGCUGCUGCAUUUUACACUGUUCUAUUAGAGUGCAACUACAAUAAAGGAACAGAGAAACCCA